AUGCCUCCGUCGCAUCCCUCUCAGCGAGGAUUCACCCUUCCUCCUGCGAACACACAGUCCGCGAAGCAAGCACGUAGCGCCUUCUUCUGUUCGCUAUGCCAGAAAGGUUACAGUCGUAUGAACGAGUUCGAAGCGCAUGAGUCGUCUUACGAUCACCAACACAAGAAGAGAUUGAAGCAGAUGAAGGAAAUGCAACGACAAGUCCAACCGAAAAAGGAAGAGAAGGGCCCGUUGAUGCAGAUAAAACUCGGCGGUGCCCCCAAGAGUGCGUCAAGCGGUGGCGGAGGGUUCAAGAAGGGAGGAUUCAAGAACGCAUUCGCUCCAGCCAACGACGAGCCUAGUGUUGAUGUCAAGAAAGAGGAUGAGGCCGACCCCAUAGGUGCAGCGCCAAGUGCGAUUCAAGAUGACAGCGACGUGACAGAGGACGAAGACUACUACGACCCACGCCGACCAACAGGUUGCACGCCUGAUUGCAAGGGUCGUGCUGCGGUGAGCACCUGA